UGGAGGCAACAGGCCUUUCUGCUGAGAACCAGAUUCUACCAAGAACGUCCUGGACUUUGAGAACCAACAAUUGUAUGGAGGAGGUUUGACUGACAGCCAGGAAAUCACUGAAACAGGGUUGUACGGGGAGUGCGGGGGUGUAAAUAGAACAGUUGGCUUGGGGGUUCAGGUCUGCCACCUGUUACCUAUGAGACUUUGUAGUAAGCUCUGAUACUUGAUUUCUUGUAAAAUGGGGAUGCCAGUAACCUGCCAGUUUAAUACUGACCCAUAGUAUUUAAUUUCAUUUAUCAUAUUCAAUUUUCCCCAGUUGUUUUCUAGUAAUGUCCAUUAUAACUCAUUUUUUUCUGAUUCAGAUCCAAUUAAGGGUCAUAUUUUGCAUUUAGUUGUUAUGUCUCUAUAUUGUCCUUUAAUUCAGAGCAGUCCUCCUACCUUUGUGUGUGGCUUCAAGACAUUGAUAUUUUGGAAGCUUUCAGGCCAUUUAUUUUGUGGAAUGUUGUGUAUCUAAUUUUUUCCAAUUAGAUAACAAUGUUUUUAAAAGCUGCACUGUGGAGCUUGUGAGGCAUACGGUUAGGAACUAUGACUAUGGAGCUAGAUUUUCUGGGUUCAAAUCCCAGGUCUAUCUUUUAUUAUCUAUUUAAACUUAGUCACAUUAUUAUAGAUGGUCCCUGACUUAGGAUUUUUUUUUUUUUUUUUUUUUUUUUUUUUACAAUGGAGUGAAAGUGAUACACACUUAGUAGAAACCAUACUUGGAAUUUUGAAUUUUGCUCUUUCCGGGGCUAGUGAUAUGCAGUAGGAUACUUUCUCAUGAUGCUGGGCAGAAGCAGUGAGCCGCAACUCGCAGGCAGCCACACCAUCACAAGGAUAAACCAAUACAUUUAUAACCAUUUGGUUUUUCACUUAUGGUACGGCAUUCAAUAAAUUACAUGUGAUAGUCAACUCCUUAUUAUAAAAUAGGCUUGUGUUAGAUGAUUUUGCCCAAAUGUAGGCUAAUGUAAAUGUUCUAGGCACUUUUAAAGUAGGCUAGACUAAGCUAUGAGGUUCAGUAGGUUAGGUAUAUAAAAUACACUUCCAACUUAACAUUUUCAACUUAGGAUAGGUUCAUCAGGAGGUAACCCCACUGUAAGUUGAGAUAGAUCUGUGUACCUCUGUACUCGAAUCUCUAAUAUAAAAUGGGGAUAAUCAUGGUACCUCUUCAUUACUGUGGAGAUUAAAUACAUGUAAUAUUCGUGAAGUUUUCAGAACAGUCCCUGCACAGUAAGUGCUCAUGAACUGUUACUAUAGAAGGCACAUUCUUGUGGGAGUUUCAAAAUUUGUAGAAAAAAAAUCCACUCACUUUAUUAUAAAUGAUGUUUUUUCCAGUGCUUACUGUUGUCUACAAUUAUGCCAGCUGCUGAAGUAAGAAUUAAAAAAAAAGGGGGGGGGGUUCCUGAAUGGAAAAAUAAGUUUAAGACAUGAUCUGUGAUCUCAAACAGCUUACUAGUGUGAAAUCACUAAAAUAGGUGAAACAAUCAAGGUAGAGUUAAGUGCUGCUAACCUGAGAAAGCAUGAAGUUCAUUCUGAUAGGAGAAGGAAGUGGUCUGUGUUGACUGAAAUAGCUGAAGAAGAAUGGAUAAAAACUGACUAGUCAGAGAAAAGGAAACAGGCAUUAUUCCAGGCAGAGGAGAGCACUUGAGCAAAGGAAUAAUUCGGGUUAAAAAGGUGAGGGCAGUGGGAACUAAGAACAAACGAGCGUGGGACCGGAUUAUGUGUGGUCUAACCCUGAAGUACAAGCAACUAGGUUCUCAUGCAGGAGGUAAAGGGGAGCCAUUUUAGGUUGUUGAGAAUAUUAUCUUAGCCGGGUAGAGAAAAACUGGAGACUCAGGCUGAGCAAAAGCAUCGCCGAAAGUCCAAGACUAUUUGUCUUUCACCUGAGGGAUGUCACAUACUUGCUUGAAAUGUUCGUUCACGUAAAGGUGGGAGUGUCAAGCAACAGCCACGACCCAGAGACAUUCUACCUGGAAGUCACGAGCUCAGGCCCACGCACCAAGUCCUUGAUGCUUAAUCCAAGUCUAGAAUUUCACUGAGUAGCUAACCAAGUUUAGCAAUGUCCGAAGGAGCUCGCUCACUGGACUGUUACUCAUAUUGAUGCCGAGGGCCUCGUUUCGCUGAGAAAGGACGGUGGGAAAGGGUGAGGAGGGUGAGAAAGUGAAAGGAAAGGGACAGAGGCGGGGAAAGGGAUAGAUACCAGCCAACCGCUAGGGUCCAGAUGGCAGGGGGUCUGGGUUGGGGGUCGGGCUGCCCUCAGGGGCCCCCCGGGGACCCGGCCUGGGGCGCGGCGCGUGUGCUCGCGGGCGGGGCGCCCCGCCGCCGGCGGCGACCAAUCCGGGAGGGCGUCCGGGGAGGGGCGGAGCUUACCGGCUCGGGCGCCGCGAGUCCUCCUUUUUGCACACACACGAAUACAAAGAGCCAUACGACCUUCGGGUAUCCUUUUUCCAUUUUUUUUCCUCCUUAAUCUUGUGUGUGUUUUCAAAAUUUUUAAAACUAGAGAUCUGUGGCAGUGCUGGGGUGAGGAAACUGUUGCUAAGGGGAAUUUGCGCUUUCCCCCAUUUCUUUUUCUGUCUCUCUUCCUCUUUCUUUUUCCUGGUCAAGGUUUUAAAUAUACCAAGAAGUUGAGAAGCAGGAUGGCCGUGUACAACUGUUAACAGCCAAAUUUGUAGAGAUUUUUUUUCUUUUUGUUAUAAAAGAAAACUGGUAAAUUUUUAUGGUCGAGGGAUUUAAAAAAAAUUAGACGCUUGGGAAGUAUAGAUUUCUUCUUCUUCGUCUUCUUCUUCUUCUUUUUAGGCGGGCUGAAGGGAUAAUGUAAAUUUCUGCCACGGGCAACGUCAAGGGCAACGUCGAAAGAAGCGGAGAUUUGAGACUCCCUCACAAAGCUGUUUGCGUGCGUUUUACACACCCUCCCCCAGAAUCAAAACCAAGUGGCUUGAAUGUGGCAAUUGUCCAAGGCCAAUAGGUUAAAAAUGUUUGGAUAUUAUAAUUGAGACACUCAUUUCCCUGGGGAGGUGGGCAAAGCCCUUCUUACAAAUGUGUCUUACAUUUUCAUGAAGACAGUGUGUGUGUGUGUGUGUGUGUGUGUGAGCAAAUGAUAUCAUAAAGAUUUAUCUUGGGGUUUUGUGCUUUGUGUAUAUGUACAGUAUGUGUAUAUGUGCCAUAUCAGAUUUUGUUUUCAAAAAAAGAUUACCUUUGGUUUUAUGUGUGCAAAGUAGCCCUUAGGAUGUGAUUUUUUUUCUGUUGUGUUCCCAAAAGUGAUUAAAACAGGAUUUCGUGUGCAAAUUAGAGUUUAGAAGAAAUCCUGUUCUUAGCAUACUUAGGCACUUUCAUUUUAUGUGCAUUUACUGUAUUUUUCUACUACUCUUCUAAAGUAUCAGUGAAUAAUUAAAUAAUUGCCAGGGAGUAUAUAGUCCAUGUGGCAAACGAGCAUAGGCAAUUUAUUGAAUCUGUGGUUCAAAGCCUUCUUUAGUGAUUGUUUUGCCUAAGUGGUUUUGCUUUUUAUUGUCUCACGUUCAUAAAUGUACAGCUGUGUAUAUUUUGGCCUUUAUGUGUGGUUUCGUUGGUGUGUUCUGAAGGGAAGGUCUCUCUUGGCUUUUUGACAAAAUUGGUCGUUUAUAGGUUGGGAUUUGUUUGAAAAGCUCCACAGCUGGCAAAGUGUCAGGAAAAUAAUCCAGUCAAGUCCAAUUCUCAAAAACUGUUCAUGAUGGUUGUGAUGGGGGAGGGGCCAGAGGAGGCAAAGGCAAAUAAUACAAAGGAGGGAUAAGAAAUGCAUUUUGGUUAUCAUGUUGCAUUUUUGGAAUGGGAAGCCUUCUCCCCGUGUGGAAGAGUCACAGAGAAAAGGAUAAGAAUGAGGACAAAACAAGCUGAGCGGGACCUCCUGUUAUAUGAGCCAUAUUCUCCCUUCAUUCUGUUACAGAACCAGUGUCUUCUAUUAGGAGUCAUACGGAAAAUAUAUUAAAAACUGCAUUCGCAGAUUGGAGUGAAAGCAUAGGAAGUAUAUGGGGUGAUGAGGGAGAAACUGGAAUGUCACCAGUGAAGUAGCAACCAGGAUAUAAAAGGAUCUACUGUAGAGUUCAAAUUUCAUUACAACAGAGCCUCUGUAUGGUGAUGGUAACACAGUUCUAUUCCUCAGCUAACGUCCUACUCAUUGUCAAGUAGCAUUUGGGACCCCUCAACAACAGCUUUAAAAUUAUUUGUACAAGUCUUGAAAUUCAUAAUGAAAGUCGCCCUCUGUGGGCUCUCUAGGUUACUUACCUGUACUGGGUGUAUUUUUAUUAACUAACAAUGCAAGUCAGAUCAGUACUUAAUAAAUACUACCUCAAAUACGGAUCAUUCCACAAGUUGAGACCUGCAUGCAUAUCUCUGAGAUCUAGUCAGAUUACGGUGAUUUUGUGAUGGCCGUGGUGCUGGGAAUUUUAAUGGAACUUUGCUCUUUCUAAUUCUUUUUCACAUCACUGCAGGGCAUCACUUUUUAACUUCUCGUGAGAGAGCUCUUGUAGAGCAGUACACUUGCUAAGCCAUUUGAUUUUUAUUAGGAACCUAGGCUCAUGUCCAAGGUCCCUGCGUUGAGUCCCACGAAUAUAUCAUUGGCUUGGCCUUCCUACCAAAGCACAGCUGAACUCAGUUGCCUUUGGGGUUCGUAGAGAUGAAAACUUUGAAGGGGAACUGCCCCCUUGCUAGUGGGACCUGAAAGGUCUGUAACCAAGGCCGACAGGAAUUAAAAGCUUUCCACCACCAAAUGUAUGAGACCUUUCUGUGGCCACUGCAUUUAUAAUCGUGUACACGCAGACUUGUAAGCAGCAGAGGACAGAACCAAGUAAACAAAACAAAACAAGCUAAAGAUGGCGCCUAACGGCCCUGAAACAGCCUAGCAGUCGUGUCCCGCCCUGAAGAGGCCCCUCCCCUCCCUGGCUCGUUGAGUGAUUGUGGAAUGCAACCAGUAACGUCCCUGGCCCUGCUCCCCUCGUCGUUCAAUCGCCAAUCACCGGGAGCCAGAGGACAGGCGGGGCGGUGCCUCGCCGCGUGCGCGCGCUGGCCGGGUACACGGGCCGGCGCCGCGGUCUCUCUCCCGAGCCCGCGAGCUCUUGUAGUUGUAGCUGAGUCAGCUGGCCGCGGUGGCGCGCGGCACACGCGGUGGAACACCCGUGAUGGAACACCUGUAGGGCUGCCAGAGCAGGACCGCCGCAGGAACUUCCGGGCUGUUCCCAGACCGAGUCCUCAGAGCUUUUGUAGCCACGUAGUGUACCCACGUUCUGUGCUGUUUGGGGAAGAAGACCAGUCGAGGUGGAGGGAAGGGCUCAAGGUAGGCACAACAGUGUCAGGGGUAAAGGCCUCUUGCAAGAAAGAGUAAGUGUUCUGGGUAAGAAUGUGGUUGUUGUCAAUUUGGUACCAGAAGGGGUACCUACCCAGUAUCCCAACCUGAUGCAUCUUAGUUUCUGGUUUCACAAAUGCUGAACCCAAUCUGUAUGUUAUCCUCUACAUAACUGUCUUUUUCUCACAACAGCCACGUUUCACAUUAAACUCCUUGCAUAAUGUUGGUUAAAGACCCUGCGAGAACAGUGAAGUCCCUUAUUUAAGAAGAGAAAGAAUACAUAAAUGACACAUCCAUAAGUUGACAUAAGAAUUGCUUAGUGCUUUCCUCUAACCUUUAGUUUUAGAUUUAGCUGUGCCUUCCAGUGACUCUAAUGACAGAGAAGCUGCAAAUGGAUUUGAGUUCAGUUCUUACAAAAAGUGAAUACCUGGCAUGGAAACCGUUUUUUCGAUAUAUAAGGUGGAAAGAGCAAAUUAAAGACUAUUCUUUAAUAACCAAAUGUAAUUAAAAUGCAUUGUGAGAUUUACGUUUUAGUACCUCAGAGGCACUGAUAUUACCUGUUUCUGAAAUGAGAUUGCUGAUGCAGAAAAAAGCCCCCAAAUCUCAAUAUAUAGAAAAUUUCUUAACCACCUCUUUUUUUAAUUGUGAUGUUAUGAUAUAAUUUAAAGGGUAAGAUGGAAAUGUAUCUCUUGUGCAAAUUAUAAACAUACUCAAGACUUUGUCACUUAGGGAGCUUCAGGAAGAAGGAUUCUUUUUUCUAUAAUCAAGUAUUUAGAAAAGACAAUUUGAAGUUCCUUGGAGUGUUCUCGGUGGUACAAUCCAACCCUCCCACACUUUUUCUUCUUUUUCUUCUCGAAUGGUUUAGUUGCUUAACUAGGGUGAUUCAAAAGUAAGGCAGUUUGGUUUAUCAUUGGUUUUCUGGUUUCUUUCUUUUUUUUUUUUUUUUAUCGUUUUAUUUAUUUUUGAGACAGAGAGAGACAGAGCAUGAACAGGGGAGGGGCAGAGAGAGAGGGAGACACAGAAUCGGAAGCAGGCUCCAGGCUCUGAGCCGUCAGCCCAGAGCCUGACGCUGGGCUCGAACUCACAGACCACGAGAUCAUGACCUGAGCUGAAGUCGGACGCCUAACCGACUGAGCCACCCAGGCGCCCCUCUGGUUUCUUCUUUAAUGGGGCUGGUCAUGUGGGCAAAGUGGCUUAGCUAUGUAGACGUGCCUAUUGAGCUUUGUGCCUGUUGAGCUUUGCCACUCCCUCAAGGAGCUUGAGAAGUGGAGGUGAGGGGCCCAGGAGGUGAUUUCUCUGGGCUACCAGCUGUAGGAUUCAGAACAGCUGGACUUCUUUUCAGGGGCUGGAGACCCAGAUGCACAAGCGUGAGAGCAAGGGGGCUGUGCAGCCCCAGGUCACCACAGCUUGAUUCUCUGAUCCAGCUUUUCCCUUCCUUUCCCUGCCCCAUCCCCAAAGCAUCAGGGAUAUAAUAGUGUGGGUUUGGUGACAUGUUGAGGGCUGCAGUGAUCGGCAAAUUCCUUAUUUAGGAGUCUUACUCUGAAUGCAUCUGUAAGAAAAUUAUAGAGAGGGUAGAAUCAUGAUUCUUUAUGUCAACAAAAAGUGGUCUCAGUUAAAAAAAAAAUAAAUGCUAGAUUGAAAGUAGCAAUAACUGGAUUCUGCUGUCUCCCUAUGACCUUGAAAAGAUAUAUCACUUCUCUACAUGUCUCUUCUGUGGACCUGGGGUAAUAUGUGUUUCCUAGAGCUGCUGUGUGAAUGAGAUAACCUGCAAGGAGUGUUCUGAACUCCUUCAGGAAUGAUGUCAAGGAGACAAAAUGCAAUGACUGUUAUUAGGGCAAAGAUAGUGAGGAGAAGACAGAUCUGCAUUUUCUUCCUUAAUCUUCUAAUCUUUCCAGAAUCUUGUGGGUCCUUUUGAGUCCCUGCUCUGUUCCUUAGGUUGGAGUGGUGGCGGGUUCCAUGCUUGGGUGCAGGAAGAAUGCCUUCUACUCCGUGAAACUCUGUUCAUCAGGAAGGCCUGUGUAGGCACCACGCUUUUGGACACGGGUGAGUGGGACACCCAGCGAGUUGUGCUAGGAGAGCACAGGAUCUGCAGGUAGAAGAAGGCAUCUCUCCUCCCCAGGCCGAGAACAGGUAGCCAUGGACUGUGUGCUCCCUCACGGCUUGCCUGCUCCUCCUUCACAGAAUCCACCGCCUGGUGCCCAGGCUCCUCUGGUCACCCUCCAUGACAAAGGAAAGUGAAUGCAAAGAGGCCAGAGCUUCCUACCGACUGGAGUCCAGUGACUGGGGACGCCUUUUGGAGCAGUCCAGCAGUGUGACCAAAGUUGUUCCCUCUGCGGUCAACCAUGUCCUUCAGUGCCACCAUUCUCUUCUCCCCUCCUGGUGGCAGUGAGGCCAGAUGUUGCUGCUGCGCCUGUAAGAGCGAGACUAGUGGGGGCAGCACAAGCUCUCAGGGCGGGAACCCUCCUCCCAGCACCCCUAUCACAGUGACCGGACAUGGCCUGGCGGUUCAGAGUUCAGAGCAGCUCCUUCAUAUUAUCUACCAGCGCGUGGAGAAGGCAGUGGGCCUGGCUGAGGCUGCUCUGGGGCUCGCCAGGGCCAACAACGAAUUACUAAAAUGUCUCCAGGAGGAGGUGGGUGAGCUGAGGCAGGGGAAAGCCUCUGCCCCUGAGGAAGAUGGGGACGGCAGGGCCCAGGGCUCCCCAUCCGAGGAGGCUGGACCUCUCAAAGAGAGCCCCGGGGAAGCCUGCAAGGCCGCAUCUGCCGCAGAGGAGGAGUGUGACAGCGUGGGCAGCGGCAUGCAGGUGGUGAUUGAGGAGCUGUGGCAGGUGGGAGCUGCGUCGGCUGUGGGUCCCGGGCCUUUGGGCUUCCCUGCAGGCCAGAGAGACACGCGGCUCCCCGGAUGCACCCUGGCUGCCAGCGAGGCGGCCUCGAUGCUCAAUCCCCUGGUGGAUGAUUAUGUGGCCUCUGAGGGUGCAGUACAGCGGGUGCUGGUCCCUGCUUAUGCCAAGCAACUCUCACCAGCCACACAACUGGCUAUCCAGCGGGCAACCUCAGAGACAGGGCCAGAAAAUGGAACCAAGCUGCCACCGCCCCGCCCUGAGGACAUGCUCAGUGCUGCAGCUGCGCUGGACGGUGCCUUGGAAGAGUCAGGCCCUGGGGGAACAGGGGAGCUGAGACACUCUCUAGGGUUUACUGCUUCCCCAUGCAGGACCAGAGGGAGUGGGCAGAAGAACUCCAGGCGCAAGCGGGAUCUGGUACUCUCCAAAUUGGUCCACAAUGUGCAUAACCACAUCACCAACGACAAGAGAUUCAAUGGGUCUGAAAGCAUCAAGUCCUCUUGGAAUAUUUCAGUAGUGAAGUUCCUUCUGGAAAAGCUCAAGCAGGAGCUGGUGACCAGUCCCCACAAUUACACUGAUAAGGAGCUGAAAGGAGCCUGUGUAGCCUACUUCCUUACUAAGAGGCGUGAGUACCGCAAUUCCCUGAACCCCUUUAAAGGCCUGAAGGAAAAAGAGGAGAAGAAGCUUCGAAGUCGCAGAUACCGGCUUUUUGCCAACCGAUCCAGCAUCAUGAGGCAUUUUGGACCUGAGGACCAACGCCUAUGGAAGGAUGUGACAGAAGAGCUGAUGUCAGACGAAGAGGACAGUCUUAAUGAGCCAGGUGUCUGGGUGGCCCGGCCUCCCCGUUUCCGGGCCCAGCGCCUCACGGAACUCUGCUACCACCUGGAUGCCAACUCUAAGCAUGGCACGAAAGCCAACCGUGUGUAUGGACCUCCCUCAGACCGAUUACCUUCUGCUGAGGCCCAGCUCCUUCCACCAGAACUUUAUAAUCCUAAUUUCCAAGAAGAGGAAGAUGAGGGAGGUGAUGAGAAUGGACCUGUCUCCCCAUCUUUUGACCAACCCCACAAAACCUGUUGUCCUGACUUGAACUCCUUCAUUGAAAUCAAAGUGGAAAAGGAUGAAUGAAAUCUAUAACCAAGAAUAACUCUGGCUUCUGCCACUCCCCAUGUCCCAGAAAUGGAUGGCCACGGGGCUUCCCAGAAUAACAAGAUGUCCUCUGCAGCCUGAGAAAGCAAAUCUGUCUCUCUUCUUAACACAGUCCCCAAUGGAAGUGGAAGCCAGCAGCUGUGCUGGGAUAAAGACUUAUCUAGAAGGGGGAAAGCUGCCCCCCACUGUGAAUGGCAAGCCAGAAAAUGCUUAUUUCUAAGCAUAAAUAGUGCCUCGGGGAGCCUGAGCUGAAAAAAAGGAGAAGGAUGGGUCUAAGAAACAUGAGGCCUUCUUGACAUCUG